AUGAGCGCCGACAACCUCCACCACGUCGAGACCGCCGAGCACUUCGACUCUCUCCUCGCCGCAAACACCUACGUCGCCGUCGACUUCUACGCCGACUGGUGCCCCCCCUGCAAGGCCAUCGCGCCCAUCUACAAGUCCCUCGCCGACAAGCACAGCGCCGAAAACACGCUCGCCUUUGCAAAGGUCAACGUCGACAACGUCCAGAAGAUUGCCGCCCGCUACGGCAUCACUGCUAUGCCCACGUUCCUCUUCUUCAAGGACGGCCAGCAGGUCGCCGUCAACGGCCAGGCCAUGAUCCAGGGCGCCGAUCCUCGCAGCCUGGGCGCUGCUGCUGAGAAGCUGGGCGGCCUGGCGCAGAAGAGGCUCGAGGAGGCUCAGACUGCUACUGCUUGA